AUGGCAGUUACUGGUUACUUUAUCGAUGACGACUGGAACUACCGGGAGAUCUUGAUUGGCUUUGAGCCGCUUCAUAGAACGCAUUCAGGCGUGAACCUAAGUGCUAUAUUUCUAGAUCUGCUACAGCAGCAUCAUAUUACGGAUCAGGUGCUCACAAUUAUCACUGAUAAUGUAUCGAACAACAAUACGUUAAUGUCAAGCAUUCAAGAAUCUGUCCAGUCACUUAACCUUGAUAAUAAUACUUCUAUUAUCCGGGUUCCAUGUAUCGUUUACGUUAUCCAACUUAGUCUCAAGCAGCUUCUUGGUCAGAUGAAAGCUAAUCCUAAGAACGAGAUAACUGAGAUAAUCAGAAGCUCAGUCUCAAUCAACGCUGCAACAGAUAAGCUUGCAGAUUACUACAGCAAAACAGAUAAGUUUCAUGGUGAUCUCUUUGCAAUUAAUACAAUGUUUGCACCAGAAAAUAAGCUACAUUUCUUCUCAGGGAAGGGCUGGGACGAUAAUUACGACUGGCGCCGGAGAUAUCGUCAAAGCUUCGAGAACUAUAUGGAGUCAUACAAACAAUGUCUUGCUAACCUACAGACGUUGUUACAGGCCCAACCGCCGUCGCUACCAAGAUCAGCGAUUGAGAUGUCUCUUAAAGGGGCAAAGACUCAACGUUUAGGCAAGCGUGGUGAGCUUGCGCAGUAUCUCGAGGCUGAUACUGUUGAGAUUUCUCCUCGCGCAUUCUGA